CCCCGGGUAAGGUAAUGCCAGGUUAGAUGAGCAGCUUUCAGGUUUCCCAGGGAGAGCUGAUUUUCGUCCCGCUGCUGUACCCCAGGGCCAGUUCAUGUUCGGCCAUGUGCCGUUGCUCGGCCUCGGGUUAGCUGAUAUUUGUCCCCGUUGUUCCCCUGGUUUGCAGUGUGUUUGUCCCGCUGUUGGUUUCCCAGGGUUAGAUCAUGUUCGUCCUUUCCCUGGCUGCGGUCUCGGGCUCAUAGAAUCGGAAGCUGCUGGGAAGCCGGUAAUACAGUGACCGAAUAGCGUGAGUGUGAGUGCGGCCUGGCUGAGUGUGAGUGGAGGUCGCUGUGUGCAGCCAGGCUGAGUGUGAGUGGAGGUCGCUGUGUGCAGCCAGGCUGAGUGUGAGUGGAGGUCGCUGUGUGUAUAUCCAGGCUGAGUGUGAGUGGAGGUCGCUGUGUGUAUAUCCAGGCUGAGUGUGAAUGGAGGUCGCUGUGCAGCCAGGCUGAAUAUGAGUACACUCCCUGUUGUAUUGCAUGUACAUUGAUACUGAGUGUGAGUGGAGGUCGCUGUGUGUAUAUCCAGGCUGAGUGUGAGUGGAGGUCGCUGUGCAGCCAGGCUGAAUAUGAGUACACUCCCUGUUGUAUUGCAUGUACAUUGAUACUGAGUGUGAGUGGAGGUCGCUGUGUGCAGCCAGGCUGAGUGUGAGUGGAGGUCGCUGUGUGUAUAUCCAGGCUGAGUGUGAAUACACUCCCUGUUGUAUGCCAUGUACAUUGAUACUGAGUGUGAGUGGAGGUCGCUGUGUGUAUAUCCAGGCUGAGUGUGAGUGGAGGUCGCUGUGUGCAGCCAGGCUGAGUGUGAGUGGAGGUCGCUGUGUGCAGCCAGGCUGAGUGUGAGUGGAGGUCGCUGUGUGUAUAUCCAGGCUGAGUGUGAAUACACUCCCUGUUGUAUGCCAUGUACAUUGAUACUGAGUGUGAGUGGAGGUCGCUGUGUGUAUAUCCAGGCUGAGUGUGAGUGGAGGUCGCUGUGCAGCCAGGCUGAAUAUGAGUACACUCCCUGUUGUAUUGCAUGUACAUUGAUACUGAGUGUGAGUGGAGGUCGCUGUGUGUAUAUCCAGGCUGAGUGUGAAUACACUCCCUGUUGUAUGCCAUGUACAUUGAUACUGAGUGUGAGUGGAGGUCGCUGUGUGUAUAUCCAGGCUGAGUGUGAGUGGAGGUCGCUGUGCAGCCAGGCUGAAUAUGAGUACACUCCCUGUUGUAUUGCAUGUACAUUGAUACUGAGUGUGAGUGGAGGUCGCUGUGUGUAUAUCCAGGCUGAGUGUGAAUACACUCCCUGUUGUAUGCCAUGUACAUUGAUACUGAGUGUGAGUGUGAGGUCGCUGUGUGUAUAUCCAGGCUGAGUGUGAGUGGAGGUCGCUGUGUGCAGCCAGGCUGAGUGUGAGUGGAGGUCGCUGUGUGUAUAUCCAGGCUGAGUGUGAAUACACUCCCUGCAUGUACAUGAUACUGAGUGUGAGUGGAGGUCGCUGUGUGUAUAUCCAGGCUGAGUGUGAGUGGAGGUCGCUGUGCAGCCAGGCUGAAUAUGAGUACACUCCCUGUUGUAUUGCAUGUACAUUGAUACUGAGUGUGAGUGGAGGUCGCUGUGUGUAUAUCCAGGCUGAGUGUGAGUGGAGGUCGCUGUGCAGCCAGGCUGAAUAUGAGUACACUCCCUGUUGUAUUGCAUGUACAUUGAUACUGAGUGUGAGUGGAGGUCGCUGUGUGCAGCCAGGCUGAGUGUGAGUGGAGGUCGCUGUGUGUAUAUCCAGGCUGAGUGUGAAUACACUCCCUGUUGUAUGCCAUGUACAUUGAUACUGAGUGUGAGUGGAGGUCGCUGUGUGCAGCCAGGCUGAGUGUGAGUGGAGGUCGCUGUGUGCAGCCAGGCUGAGUGUGAGUGGAGGUCGCUGUGUGCAGCCAGGCUGAGUGUGAGUGGAGGUCGCUGUGUGUAUAUCCAGGCUGAGUGUGAAUACACUCCCUGUUGUAUGCCAUGUACAUUGAUACUGAGUGUGAGUGGAGGUCGCUGUGUGUAUAUCCAGGCUGAGUGUGAGUGGAGGUCGCUGUGCAGCCAGGCUGAAUAUGAGUACACUCCCUGUUGUAUUGCAUGUACAUUGAUACUGAGUGUGAGUGGAGGUCGCUGUGUGUAUAUCCAGGCUGAGUGUGAAUACACUCCCUGUUGUAUGCCAUGUACAUUGAUACUGAGUGUGAGUGGAGGUCGCUGUGUGUAUAUCCAGGCUGAGUGUGAGUGGAGGUCGCUGUGUGCAGCCAGGCUGAGUGUGAGUGGAGGUCGCUGUGUGCAGCCAGGCUGAGUGUGAGUGGAGGUCGCUGUGUGUAUAUCCAGGCUGAGUGUGAAUACACUCCCUGUUGUAUGCCAUGUACAUUGAUACUGAGUGUGAGUGAGGAUCAGGAUAUACACCUAGGCUCAGAGUGAUGGUCAGCAGUUACAGUGAGUGUGAAUCAGCAGACACACUACAUCAGCCAUAGACAAACUUCAGCACUGCAGAUGUUUUGGAGUGUACCUCCCAUGAUGCUUUGCCAGCAUUAUGGGGGAUGUAGUCCACAACAUCUGUAGUGCCAAAGUUUGCCUAUCCCUGCACUACAUUCUGAUUACAUGUCAUGUACAUAUAUAUUGAGUGAGGAAGAGCACCCACACUACACUCAGACUUCAUGCACUGUACCAAAUAGACGUUAUGCAUUACAUAGUGUGUAGUGAAAUGGGUACUGAGGGAUCGCCCUGCAGCCAUUUGAGUUACUGUGCAUUUUUCUUUACCCAUCUGUAGAGUUAUUCACUAUAGUGAAAUUAGUCAAGAAUUCAAAGUUCAUUUUUCAUUUAAGGCCAAAUAGUGGAACUUCUCAGAGUCAGGUCUGCUUCCAGUUCAUCUACUUUGUCCUGACAUUUAAAAAACAAGUGAAUAACCCUGAUGGUGUUAGUGGAUCAUGGCUCAUCUUACUGGCAAUAAGAUGGUUGUGUAAUGUCCAUGCUCCUGCAAUAAGUGUCCAGACUACACCCCAUGUACACCCCUGCUUAACCAACAAAUGUACAACAAUAAAUGUACAAUGAUAUACUUUGCACGUUCGGAAUCUUUAUUAAUAGCCACGUGUUCUCUGUGGCAUGUACAAUAUUUCCUAUAGAUUUAUAUAGCACAGAGAAGGAGGAUUUACUAAUUUAACUAUUGUUUCUGAUCUCCCACUAGACAGCCACCAUGCCUGGGUGUGAAAAUAUCCAGUUAGACUUUCCGCACUAUAGCUCAGUGCUCCUGGACACCCUGAACAAACAGCGCCUGGAGGGGAAGUUUUGCGAUCUGUCUGUCCAUGUUCAAGGUCGGGUCUUUCGAGCACACAAGACAGUGCUGGCUGCAUCUUCGCCAUAUUUUCAUGAUAAGCUUCUCCUGAAUGACACCAGCUGCCUGGUUCUCCCAAAUGUCAUUCAGCCUGAUGCCUUUGAGAAUCUCUUACAUCUGAUCUAUUCUGGAAGGCUGUGCCUGGAUAUGGAGUCUCUUCCUUCUCACCUACUUGUGGCUAGUGGUCUGCAGAUGUGGCAAGUGGUAGAUCGGUGUUCAGAGCUGUUAAAGGAAAGAGAGCCACGUUCACAACAGUCGUGGUCAAGUCGUGCCAGUGAGAGCCAGUCGCCCAGUAGCAGUUUCCAGCCUCCAAGAGAUGAUCCUGCUCCACCAGUACCACUAUCACUGGGAUGCUCAGACGAUGAAGAAGUGAUAAAGGUGCGUGUAUCGGAGGAGGAAGAGGAAGAAGAGGAGGAGGAUGACAGUAACAGUGGAAGAAAUGUUUUAGAAGAAGUGAUCCCUGCAGGUUGCUCCUACUCUAUUCCUUCCUCAUCCUCUCCAGGAAGCCCUAAAGUGUUCUACAUUAAGCAAGAACGAGCUGAGGAGGACAACUUUUUAAAGGGGUUUGAGGUGACGGAAGUGCAGCCCGAUUACUCUACAGAACUGAGUUUUGUUCUUCCUCCCACAUCAUCUUCCUCUGAUGUUUCUCUCUGCCUGCCUCGGAAAAUGCAUGGCGUCUCUGAUCCCCAAUCCUACACUUUAUCUAAACCUGUAGACCUGCAUGGUAAUGAGAUCAUUGCUCAUGCGCUCCAAGCUCAGACUGUCCAUGCUCCGGUCAAGCUUGUGGCUGCCCCCGAUGGGAAGAAAUUUGGAUGCUUGUGCGGUAAACGCUUUGCUGUGAAGCCUAAACGUGACCGGCACAUCAUGUUGACAUUCAGUCUGCGCCCAUUUGGUUGCUCGGUCUGCAACAAGAAAUUCAAAUUGAAACAUCAUCUGACUGAGCACAUGAAGACCCAUGGAGGGAACCUUUAUUCUUGUGAAGACUGUGGCCGCAAAUUCAGGGUUGAGAGCUGCUUUCAGAAGCACAAGGAAGUUUGUAAAGGGCAGAGGUGGGCAGGGGCCUGUUGGACCUACAAAUAAAUAUCAUAUUCUUGGACUCUUUACAAAGAACUGCUCAACAAGGGCCUUGUUAUAAAGACACUAGUUUGGAGCAUAUGAUAGCCAUUCGUCUGGAUGUUGCCAGAGACUAAAUCAUCUGAAUUCUUUUACCAGGAGACUUUAAUAGAUACUCCUCACUUUUCCCUGGAUUCGUUCUAAAGAGCUGUGUGUGGCAGUGCAUGCCUGAGUCUGCCAAACAAGUAAAUUGAGAGCUCUACAAAUAUUGUCUAUCUUGCUGUGAUACGUUUUGUCUACAUACUAUACAAUGCUAUGAUAUCAUAAAGCUCUGCUGGUCUCUACUGUAUUAGAACAUGCAGGGAUGAUCAUGGAACACGUGCUCUGCCUGAAUUCUUUACCAGACAAGACUUGCACCUUGCUGGAUUCAUCCCCUUAAAUUCUGUGGCCAGAGAUUUGACUUUGGGCUAAAUUUAGACUUGGAUCAACAACACAUGCCUUUCCCCCUAAAUAUUCUCAUUUACCCCUUGAUACGUUUUGCAGGUCUCUCAAGCACUAAAUGGUUAAGUCCUACUGUUAAGAGUCAAAAGGGAUAUGGCAGCCUCUGUAUAUACACAUUUACCUAUAUGCAUCCUCUGUGUGCUGAACAUAAACAGAUGAGUAGUGGUUUGUUGGACAAGGAGUGAUAGUAGCACUGCGUGUAUCUGCAAUAAUGUAAUCUGCUCUUUUUCUUAUGUCAAUGUUAGAGUGGAGACUGUCAUUUUGGGUAGUUUAUCAUGUACCCGCUUGGUGGAUUAGAGGGUUUGUGGUUUUGUUUUUAUUUUUUUAAACUAAAAGUCCAUCUCAGAACAGUAUUUUAGUGAUCGGUUUAAGAAAGGACAGUUUGUUUUAUUUAUUUAGUUUGUUGAAUUCUGAAAAGGAUUCUGUUAAUUUUAAACUGUAAUAUAAAUUUGUUGUUAACAAGUGAUUAACCCUCUAAGGGCAAGAGGACGCAAUGUGUGCGCAAAACUUAAAGAAAGCAGAGGAUUUGAAAGGGUUUAUACAUUAAAUAAUGAAUUGGGAACUGAAUUGAAGAAGCAGGAAAAAAGUGAAGUUGAAAAAUGAUUCCUAUUAUCCAUCAAGGAGGACCAUAAAUAACCCAGGAUGUAUAAAAUAAAACAAAUGGCAUGGAUAUUUUAAACUGUAAAUUUAAAUGAAUCUAUUUGGGUUGAAAAGCUUAAUUACCUUAGUUAAUUUCGCCACACUUAAAGGAACUCUAUAGCUUUAGAAAUACAAAUAUAUAUUCUUAUUGCUAUAGUGUUCUACUCACUAUUUAUAUGUUCGCUCACCGAAUGAGUUUUGAGAAAGCGAUUUACUGACCCUAUAUUCUGCAGCGGCCCUGCCUCCCUGAUUUAAACAUCAAUCUUGAUGAUCUCAGGAGACUAGUGCACAUCAAAUCACCACACUGGCAAUCAUAGAGAUGCAUUUAAUGUAUGUCCUGAAAAGCAUUCAAGAUCUCAACCAGGAAGUCUCUUUAGUGGCUGUUUGCGUGACAGCCACUAGAGAAGGAUUUAGACAGCAAUGUAAACAUUGCCUUUUCUCUGAAAAGGCAACGUUUACAAUGCUCGGCCUGCAUGGACAGACUAUAUGCCCCAUUUCGCUUUAGUAAUUCUGCUGAACGUAGUUGUCCCUUUUAAGUGUUUAAACCAGUUGAUAUCCAAGAUGAUGCAACUGUACAUAGUCCAUAUAAAUGUGUCUCAACCCGAGUGAAUGCUCUGUUUGUAUUGUGGUCAGUGCAUCAGGUUAUGGCGAUAACGUUGAAUGGAUCUGGUCACCUAAAACACGUCAUUCAGUUACUAUAGACUUAAUUUAUAUAUUUGAAUUCCAACAGGUUUCAGUGUAACUCCAUGUAAAAUUGUUCCGUGUUCGACAACAUAUUCUGCAGUGUUGUAACAGGUUAUAACAGAUUAAUGACCCUGUCUGAUAUCUUUUAGGUGACUGCUUCGUGAAUAUGUUCUGUACGGUGCUUACAAACAGACUACAGAAGUUUGAAUUUGAAACUUUUCAAACUAUCAUUUUCUCCGAAAGUGCACUGAUUUGUUUUCAGUUUACUGUUAAGAGAACCUGUAACCUGCUCUAAGUUCACUGUACAAACACGAGACCUCUAAUAUUGAAUGUGUUUGUGCAUAGAGGCUCUGCGAUCGCGUAGUACAUUGCUCCUUUUGACAUGUAAUGUUGAUCACAAUAAUAAUUUUAACCUAAUUGUGCUGAUUGUUUUAUUGGAUUGGACGGUUUGUGGGCCAUUCAGCUGCUUUUGACUCCUACUACCAUAACUAUUAUUGGUCCAAGAAUGUUAGGAUUUAUUGUGCUGGAUGGCUCAUUGCUUUUCUAAACCGGACUUCAAAAACAAGUUCUGGUACUCCACCAAAUACAUUCAAGCUAAAUUAGCAAAUAUAUAAAUGGGCAAAGCUGCCAUUUAAAAACUGAAAUCUUUACAAAACUGACAGCGUCUCUGUAACUGUUUUUUGGUGUGGACUAAGGUGUGAUGGUCAAUUCAUCAAAUGUCUUUAAUGCUCUCAGAUUAUAAUGACGUAAUAGAGCGCCACCCAUCCCAAUGAAACACAGAGCUCAUUGCAUCAUUCACAUUUAUGAUCUUUAAUAGUCACCCUCCACGUGUCUAGCACUCAUGUGAUCAGUCUAAAUGUGUAGAGUUCUGUUGUCUGGAAUAAAGGUGUCAAUUUACUGGUGUGUGUCCUUAUUAAAGCGCUAGGUUCCUUGUGCGCACACUAAAGAUAUGACAAAAUAGGUUUCUACAAUAGUGGAAACAACUGUGUGUUACAGUUAUUAAAGUGGACAGUGCAAAACCCAUCAUUCAUCAAUUUCCUGCUGAAGCUACACACAUUGCCUCCAAAUAUUGGCACAGGGCUGUGAUACAGUGGCACGCUCCCAAAAUCAGUCUCCUAUGCUAAAGUCCAUAUACAGUGACAUAAGGUAUGCCAAUGUUAAAACCCUAUAAACACAAACAUUUCGGAUGGUGUGCGCCAUCUGGUGACUUUUUGUGAAUAUUACAGAGACUGCUGUAGGAUUUUGUUUGAAUGUUCUGUAUAGUUAAUACCAUUUUGAUAUUCCUGAUUACAGCAAGAAAAUGCUCACGUUGUGUGUGGCUUUCAGCAGCUGAAGCCAAAUAUAUUUUUGUACAAAGUCAUGUCAGAUACAAGGUAUGAAAAGUCGCAGUUAAAGAAAGAAGGUAUAUUCAUAAAAAAUCUGGGUUUACAGUUAUAUAAUAAUUUGCAAUUUUUCUCCCUGUGAGACUCAAAGCACUUUACAAAUACACAAACAAAGACAUAAAAGUUAGGAAUACUGGAAUGGAAUAUAUUUUAAAAUAUGCUUUGUUUCAAAGAUUACAUUUUUGAAGAUAGUUUUCCUGACUAUACGGUUUAGAGCAUAACUCCACUGAGGUUGUAAUAAAAUAAUUGUAGGCAUUCGUUAAGUUACCAUUAGGUAAAAAAAAGAACUCCUCCCUAACUGAAUUACACUCUCGAGGAUAUGUAUUCAUUUCAAAGCAAGCUUUUAAUAUAACAAAACUGUCCUAUGUACAGCACCUCUUAAAAGGGCCACUCCGCUGCGUACAAAAACACUAUCUAGUAGAUAUACUACGAAAUAAUGCGUGCACACAAUACUCCCAGAAGACAAUGCGAAAUAUGAAAAUACAGUUUUGGAUUAUUAAUGUAGUUUAGAUUUCCAGCCUCUGUUUGUGUAGAUCAGUGCGUUGAUAUUGGUUGGUGAGAGUAGAGCUGCAAAUGGCAAUCUCACCCUUUCAUUAUAGACCUUUUUAAAAUUG